AAUAAAACUUUUAAAUAAUUGCAUCAUUUUCUUACCAAAUCACUCUAGUUCUAUUCUAAUUAAUAAUGUCUUAAUCAAACCCUUUAAUAUUCUUAUACAACUUCUUGGAAUCUUCUUCACUCAAUCAACUUCAUGUUCUUUUCUUCAUUCAAAGUUAUUUCUCAUUGAUUGAUGCAUGCCAUAAAAAUUAAUUUAGUACCUUUCUUCAGCAUCAUUCAAUACAUAAUCUUGAAUAUAUUGGUUGAUACAUAUUUGAUAAAAUCAUAUUCAUUUAUGAUUAACCACAAAGUACUCUUCUGACAUAGAGAAAUUGGUUGGUAGCUUGAGGUUGGUAAAAAAUUUAUGAUUUGAGUGUUUGACCAAACUUUAUUAUUAUACUUAUAUAUAUAUAUAUAUAUAUAUAUAUUAGUAGGAGCAAAGUUGGUACUACUGCUAAGAAAAUUUCAGCAUCAAUGGCUGAUUUUAUGGGAUCAAAGGCUUAUUGCUGCUUCAAGUGCCAGAACCUUGUUGCUUUCCAUGAUGAUAUUGUUUCCAAAGAUUUCCAGGCAAGCAGUGGUAGAGCUUUUCUUUUCUCUCAUGCAAUGAACAUUAGUUUGGGACCCAAAGAAGAUAGACAACUCAUCACUGGUCUUCACACAGUUGCUGAUGUUUAUUGCUCAGAUUGUGGUGAAGAACUUGGUUGGAAAUACAUUAAGGCUUAUGAAGAAUCACAGAAGUACAAAGAAGGAAAAUGUGUACUUGAGAAGUUCAAGAUAGUAGUUAGAGGAAGCCAAACAAACCUAGAAAAUUAUUAUGAUGACUGAUUUGAUUCUUCUUGGGUUAAGUCAUUUGAUCCUGAUAUUGUUCAUAUGAUUAUUGUGAAUUUUCUUGGAAAAGUUGAUUCAUUAGAAGUGUGGUGAAUGUAAAUGGAUUUUAAGACCAAUCAAAUUAAGUUGUCAAAUUACAGUUUCUUUAGGUUAUAUUUGAAUAUUGUGUUUGGUCCAUGUGGUUAGAAGAAUGAAUCAGAUAGAAAAUAAACAAAUGACAGAAGGUAAUAGAAGAUCAUAAAUGAGAUGGUCAAAGAAUAUUUAUAUGUAAAGUGUUAUUGUAAACAUGAUAUCAGUAGAACACAUUGAUGUUAUUUGAUCUA